GGAUUUAUUUUUGUUUCUGUGUACCUGUUAGCCAGUGAUAUUGUAGUACAGCAUCCUUUCUCAGAUGGUGUAGGGUCGGUACAGUGCCGGGUACAGUGUAUACUCCUGUUACAGGAGAGGUUGUUGGAGUUUAUGAAUUCCAGUGUAAAAAUAUCAGAAGUAGGGAGGACAGAUCACCUGGAAGUUGAAAUGAUUGACGGGGAUCCCGAAGGAGAUGAUGAUGCUGAUGAUCGAGGAAACCUAGUUCAGACUAGUCAGCAUUACUCUGAACUUCUUGAUAUGGAUUCUACCUUGAAGAUGUCAGAAAUAGGGACAACAGAUCACGUAGAAGUAGAGAUGAUCGAAGCUGAACCGGCUGACGAAGAUGACAAUGAAGAAGAAGAUGGGCAGCAGAAUGAAUAUACUGAUCUUCUAUCUAUGGAGCCCCUUAAUGCCGAGAUGUCAGAAAUUCUAGAGCAUAACGACUUUGCAAGAGAGUCUCCAAGUGUUUACUCAUCAGCCAUCUCAGAGGAAAGAGAAGUCUUGGGGCUGCCACAUACAAUUCCAACAAUUGAAGCAGUGGAUGUUAGUAUGGAGAACUAUUUGCAUAUGACAGUAGCAGAAGCAACAGGAGAAGAAACGGAAGAUGACGAGGAACCCAUUACAGAGCCCGUGGACAGGAAAAGUCAGGAUGAACUCAUAAAUCGUCUUAUGACAGAUGGAAUGUCCUUCUCAGAGGUGGCAGCUCUGUGGGGAGAAGAUGCUGAUGCAGACAGUGAUGUAGAGGACAUUCCACCAGCUCCCGAAGGCACUUUUGAGGUGAAAGAGGAUCAUGCAGCCGAGUUUGAAAAGGAGCUUAAUGAACAACAGCGAUACCAGUUGAAGCGUAAAGGCGGUAAAGAAAAACGGAGACGACGACGUUUGCCAGCCGCUUUGCAGGGCCUCAUGGGUGAAGCCAACCUGCGGUACGCCCGCUGCGAAUACGACGAAGCUAUAAAGAUGUGCAUGGAGGUUAUAAGACAGUUUUCACAUUCACCGGAGCCAUACCAGACCUUAGGAAUGAUAUAUGAAGAGAAGAAGAUGGUGAACAAGUCCUUGCAGUUUCUCCUCAUUGCGGCAUUUCUUAGCCCAAAUGCUGAGGAAUGGGAGAAGUUAGCCGACUUGUCUCUUCAUCAGGGAGAUAUCCAGCAAGCAGUGUUCUGUUGGGGCCGAGCUAUUAAAGCCAACCCACAGAAUCUGGACUACCACUGGGCUCGAUGUGACCUCCUUGAGCAGCUGGGAGAGAAACUGAAAGCUUUGAAGGGCUACUCACACAUGCUCAAGUACCUGAGAACUGAUCAGGGAAAGGAUGGUCUCAAGCUGGCCAAAGAGAUCGCAAAAAUUCAUUACGAGAACAAGGAUGUCCACCUAGCUCGAGAUGCAAUGGAAACGGCUUUCACAAAGUACCCGUCGUAUGUCACCCCCGAGGACGUCAACCUUAUGCUGGAAGUCUUGAUGCAUCAACAAGAAUAUCUCCGCUGUGUACAAAUUCUCGUUCUUCAUGGGGGCGUACGUCUGUUACAUAAGGAUAUCGAUGAAGAAGAAUUGCAAGAACGAGAGUUAGAAGACCAGCUAUCAGUCGCUACUGAAUGUUUUGUUCCUCUUGACCUGCCGAUUGAUCUCCGAACUAAGCUGACUGUCGCUCUUAUCCAUGUUAAGGCCUUUGAACUUGCUGACCCUCUAGUGGAGUUGCUGAUGAAUGAAUCUGAGGAAGAGUUUGGGGACUUGUACUUAGACAUAGCAGAAGCCUAUAUGAGCGCGGACAAUCACGAAGCAGCACUACCCCUGUUACGUCCACUGAUCGACUCAAACCAUUACAAUGUAGCUGCUGUGUGGCUCCAAUAUGGAGAGUGUUUGGCAGCUGUCGAUCAAAUGGAGGAUGCAGCUCAGGCAUAUUGUCAAGUUGUCAAAUUAGCACCACAGCAUGCUGAAGCCAGAUUGACUCUUUCAUCAAUUUUGCAAUCUCUUGGUCGCCUGGAUGAAGCUCUGCUCAUCCUCAACCAAGAGAGUGACUCUGAACCUCUUGACUCCCAGCUUCUGUAUCAGCGGUGCAAAAUUCUCCUAGACCAAAAUCUUGUUGAUGAUUUCAUCAAUGCUGCAAAACUGCUUUUCCGCAGACAUUUCAUUCAUAUCCGGAAUCGGGAUGAAGCAGAAGCCAUGCUUAGCAACAAGAAAUUAAGUAAUAAGUAUGAAGCUAUUCGGGAACUUCGUCGGUCAAAGAACGAGAAUCUUGAAGACAAUGGGCCAGCAUUUACUGGACCUGAUGUUCCGCUAGAAGAUCAGUGGGAUAUCUUUACCACAGUAUGCAACAUUCUUCAUGACAAGGGCAGAUUUGAAGAACUGGAAAGAAUGACCUUCAGUGCACUUGGGUCUAAAGAUUUCAUGAGGGAGAAGGAACGUGCCCGAGAAAUAGAUUUUAUGUGUCUACUGGCAUGCAUUUAUAACGAUAGUUCCUAUUUUGCAUAUAACAUCAUGCGAGAGUUAGUUAUAAAAAACCCAGACAACACGAGAUGCUGGAACUUGCUCAAUCUCAUCAUUUCUAAAGCUGACGACUUUCGACAUAAUCGGUUUUUGCUGCGUCUUACACACAAACACCCUGAUUUAGUUGCUUUAGGAUUAUUGAAUGGCCACAACUGUUUGGUUGCAGGGACAUACAAAUACUCCUUAGCAGAAUACACUCAAGCUUUUAAACAAGACCCCUUAAAUCCACUCAUUCCACUUAUGUUAGGUUUGACAUUCACGCACAUGGCUUGUCAGAAAUUCAGUGGUAAAAAGCAUUCCUUAGUUGUUCAGGCAUGUGCAUUCUUAAACACCUACGUAGAGAUGCGUGGAGAGUGUCAAGAGUCGAUGUAUAACUUGGGUCGAGCGUUUCAUCAGCUGAAUCUCCUGCCACAAGCAAUCCAUUACUAUAAGCUUGCUCUUGACUGCCCUACCGUGGAGGAACCACCUAAUGGGCCUAGGCUUGAUUUAUCUCGUGAGAUUGCCUUUAACUUGGCUCUCAUUUACCAAAAUAGUGGUUCGCCUAACUUAGCCAGGAUGUAUUUGUACAAAUAUAUUAGAGUUUAAAUUUAAUACAUAUUCAUUUAUAGGAGUGUUUAAAAGAUGCUUCUUUCAACAUGUCACACUGUAUAAACUUUAUAAAGAAAUAAUAAAUCUUUGUUAAAUAUGAAUAAUUUUGUUAGUCCACUGCCCAUCUUGCUGUACUGACAGAGAUGGUUUAUUAUGGUUUCUACCUGCACUUGAGUAUUUAAUUGUCCCCCAGCUCAAUAGGUUUCGGGCGAUGUGGAUAUGAUGCACACUGUUUGCAUACAGUUGAGUCAGGAAAUCUAACUAUUCUCUGA